AUGGAUAAAUAUGAGCUACGUUGGGGUAGGGUGUUUAGUCGCCGGGAGGAGGAACGAGCACGAGAUAAGCCGUCACGCGAGCGCGGGCGAUCUCUGGAGCGCUCGCCGCGAAGGCCGGCAUUUCGCGCAGAUAGAGUCCCCGUCGGUGGGGACCGACGGGCGGAAGGGAGGCCUAGCGUGGCAGCGGGUGGAGAAGGAUACGCCGCAAGCGCGGACGGAGACGUGUGGCGAAGAGGGCAUGAUCGCGGAGAUGGAUACGGGAGCGGAGACCGACGCGCUGUGGGAGUGUUCCGCUCGCCGGAAGAGCGCGGGCGCCGCCGUGAUGAGAGGGGCCGUCGGCAGGGCGUCGAGCGAUUCGACGCCGACCAAGGAGGGGAGGCCGCAGAAAAGGAAGAAGCGUGGGAGACGUCCGGCGAGGAAGAGGCAGAGGAGGACGCAGCGAACCUGGAACGGGCGGUCGAAGACGCCAACGGAGAAGAUGACGGCGAGGAACCCGCGGCUGGGAUCGGAAGCGCCGAGCCUGAAGAGGCGGACGUUGCCGGGGGCGCAAGCCAGGCAGGGGCGGAAGGGUCGCGGUCGGGACGGGGGCUGGGGCGAAGACGGCGCACGAUCGCCGGACAGGCAGCUGAUGCACAAGGGAGGAUGGGAGGGCGAGCCACGCGCAGCCAGCCACCACUGGCGGCGGGAAGAAGGACGCGAGGAGGGGCCCAGCUCAUCAGAGAGGCGCGGCCAGCGGCAAGAGGGGCGCGGCGGGGAGGCACGGACGUCUGGCCCGCAAGCGCAAUGGGAGAGGAGGGUGAGCGGCGGAUUCCGCUCGCCUCUCGUCCGGCAGCAGCGGGGAAGAGAAGGCGGCGGAGACAGGCGCUCGCCCGGAGAUCGUCGGCAGCAAGGAAGGGGAGAAGCAUGGGAACCGUCGCCAGAGAGGCAGCGGCAGCGAGAGACGAGCACGGCGAGGUGGAGAGAGACACGAGUCUCGCCGGCACGAACGCGAGGGCGUGCGGGGGAGGAGAGGGGCCCGAGAGAAAGGCACGGUGA